GAAAGUAUAUCAUUUCCUCCUUCCCCGUCCCAUGCCAUCCUUGGGCCCAGGCACUUAAGGUUCUGCCCUUCCUCCGCUCUUUUUUUUAUACAUUCUUUCACUCUGCGUCCUUCGUUCAAAUCCUAGUUUGGCUUCUUGGGCGUGGUAAAUAUAUAGAUAGCUAUGCAUUUCCUUGGAGCCGCUGUAGCGGUGCUGGGAGUUGCUUCCCAAGCGGCAGCGAGCCCGCAUCCACGGAGACCAGUUCCUCGUUCCAGCCCAAAGUAUGUUGCGAACGAGACGAGGGCCAAUGGUGUCAAGGAGGCUUUCCAGACCGCCUGGGACGGUUACUACAAAUAUGCAUUUCCUCAUGACUCCCUGACCCCUGUCACGAACGGCUACGCGGACGAUAGGAACGGCUGGGGCGCCAGCGCCGUUGAUGCCUUCAGCACUGCGCUGAUUAUGGAAGAUUGGGAGGUCGUGAAGCAGAUUCUGGAGUUCGUGCCCACCAUCAACUUCGAUAGCACCAGUACCGAGGUCUCGCUCUUCGAAACGACCAUCCGCUACCUCGGUGGUCUGUUGUCCGCCUACGAUCUCCUGACGGGCCCUCUCAAGAGCCAUGUUGAGAACACCACUUCGGUGGACGCCGUCCUGAAGCAGGCUAGACGUCUGGCCGACAACCUCAAAGUUGCCUUCGACACUCCGAGUGGAGUGCCGGACAACUCGGUCUUCUUUGGCCCGCCACGCAAGGGAGGCUCUGAUAUCAACGGUGUCGCGACCAUUGGAACCUUGGUGUUGGAAUGGACACGCCUGGGCGACUUGACGGGAAACAAGACUUACGGCGCGCUUGCUCAGACGGGCGAGGACUAUCUUCUGCACCCAAAGCCAGCCUUCGGAGAGCCGUUCCCGGGCCUCCUUGGAACACGUGUGAACAUCUCGACAGGGCUCUUCACCGACAGCGUUGGUGGCUGGGUCGGCGGCGACGAUAGCUUCUAUGAGUACUUGAUCAAGAUGUACCUGUACGACCCGGUCCGCUUCGAGGAGUACAAGGACCGGUGGGUCACGGCCGUGGAAUCGACCAUCAAGAAUCUGGCGUCGCACCCGAGCUCGCGACCCGACCUCACCUUCCUCGCCAUGUACCAAAACACGACCCUGGGGUUUAUUUCUCAGCAUUUGGCCUGCUUUGACGGCGGCAACUUCAUCCUUGGCGGCCUGACCCUCGACGAGCCGCGCUACGUCGACUUCGGGCUGGAGCUCGUCGCCGCCUGCCACGAGACGUACACGCAGACGCUGACGGGCAUCGGCCCGGAGGUGUUCAGCUGGCAGGACGGCGCGCUGUCGCCGGACGCGCCCAACAACCCGGGCCCACCGGCCAACCAGGCCGACUUCUACGCGCGGGCGGGCUUCUGGAUCAACAGCGGCAACUACCUACUGCGGCCUGAGGUCAUCGAGAGCUUCUACUACGCCUACCGCGCCACCGGCGACCCAAAGUACCAGGAGUGGGCGUGGGACGCCUUCCAGCGCAUCAACGCCACGUGCCGCGUCGGCAGCGGGUACAGCAGCAUCAACGACGUCAACGCCCCCAAGGGCGGCGGCUUCUCUGACUUCCAGGAGAGCUUCUGGUUUGCCGAGGUCCUCAAGUACAGCUACUUGAUCCAUGCCGAGGAGUCGGAUUGGCAGGUCAAGGCAGACCAUACCAACAAGUUUGUGUACAACACGGAGGCGCACCCUGUGCGAAUCGCGUCCGGGCAGGAGGGGGGCGCUUAGUUGCGUGAGAUGUUAGUUACUUGGAGAUGACGCAUCCAAGGAUCCCCUUUUCUGGCAUAGGUUAGGAGUCGGGGUGUUUCUGGGCCUUUUUGUGUUUGCAUUUUGGUUCUCGCGGGCCUGUUACAUGUAUCCUGCUUCUUACGUUUGUCAUCUAUGUUGUCACAUUUCCUUUGGUGGACCUGCCUCUAAAGGACAUAGACCUAGUAUUUCUUAUGAUAACUGACUACUACCUUGGCAAAUGUGAUAUUAUUCGAGGAAGAGAAAA